AUGUAAAUUAGAAGACCAUUAAUUUAGAAAAAAGACCUUAGAAAAGAUUUCAAGAAAUAAGAAUAAAAUCUACCAGAUUUAUCUGAUAAAUUUAAGAAGGUUUUUGAAAUUUGUGGAGAUGAAAUAAUAUCUUACCUCAAUAAAAAAGAAUAAUUGCAAUUAAGAUCAGGUUAUAUUUCAUUUUAACUUUUAGCUUGUAGAAUUUCAUUUUAUAUGGUGUAAAGCUAUUAAGUAUGGAAUAUGAUGAUUUUUGAUAGUGAUCAAAUUAGCUAAGCUACAACAAAUGAUUCAAAUAUGAAAGAAAGCUUUUUGAAAAAUUCAUUUUAUUCUAAGGUAGGAAAAUCACGUCCAUCAACUCAAGAGACAAUAUAGAAAGAAUAAUGGUUGGUUAAACCUGUAAAUUAUAAUCCACCUUAGAAAAAGUUAUUAUUUUUAAAAAAUAAAAAUAAGAUUGAAGAUAAUAUCCUUGUAUUAUGUUAAAUUUAAAUUAGUCUGAUGAAGAUCUUAAAUAAACUAUCACAAUUUGGACACUUAAUUUAAAUAGUCUUGAAAAAUAAAUAAACAUUGCAAAAAUAUAAACUGACAGUUUUAUUUAAGAAAUCACAUUAUGGACUGAUCACAUAAAUUUAUUGCAGGAAUUUUAGAAAGAAUAUUAACUUGAACAUGUUAGUAAAAUCCUUUAGUUAUUGAAAUAAAAAUCUAUAAUAGAUGUGAGUUUAGAUAGGAAGAGAAAAAUCAUAUAAGAUAUCUUUAACUUAUUAUUAAAUGAUUUUGAACUAAAAAAAAAUUAUUCAAUUGAUAUUUAGAUACUAAAACCUGUUUGUCAAAGAUUGUUAUAAGUUAAGUUAGCAGACUUUUAAUAAGAGAUUCCAAAUCAAUUAUGGCCUAAAAUAGAUUAGAUUUAAAAUUAAUUUGAUAAGAUUUUUAAUAUAAGGAAAGAAUUCUUUUUUAUGAAAUUAUUUUAGAUAACUUAAAAAAUAUUUUCUAUUAAUUUAAGUUGGAUAGUUGAUUUUUCAAAAUAUGAAUUAAAUCUUAGUUUAUUAGAAUAAUUUUAAUAGUUUCUAAUAUAAUUAGUAAAAUUAUCAUUUUCUAUCACUAGAUUUAAAGACAUUCUUUUGGAGAAAAAAAAUUUAAUUAAAAUUAAAUUCAACAUUCAUAAAAUGAACUUUAUUUUUAGACUUACAAAAAAUCAAUAGAUGAUAUAGUGAAAAUGCUAAAGCUUAAUAAAAAACUUUAUGAUAGCUAAAGAGAAAACCUCUAAGUAUAAACAAUGUUAUAAAAUUACAAACAAUAAACUUUUGAUUAAUUUUAAGAAAAGCAAUAAUGGGCUUAAAUUUAUGUAAUAAACUUACUAUUAAUUAGAAAACUUGGAAAGAAAAAUAUUAAAACAUAAAAAAAUUAUAGUAAGAUGAACCAGAAUCACAAGAAGGAAUAAGUUUUGGGUUUUUUUAGACUAAAAUGAGUUGGAGUAUAUAAUGA